AUGGAACAUCUAAAGCAAGUGUGCCAAGAACGGGAUCUGCGAAUACAGCAGUUGGAGAAAGAACUGGGUUAUGCAAGGCUUGAACUUAAAAACACUAUAGAAAAAUACAAAGAAUUAUCUGAGCGCGAGACUAAAUCUGUGGCUUGCUGCACUGAAGAUUUACCAACGAACGAGGAAAGAGUAGAACGCAAUGGACCUAGUUACGGUUUUACAGGCGUUAAUACUCAAGGUGCAAAAACUGUGCCAGGUUACGGUUUUGUUAAUAGUUCUGUGGAAGGUCCAUUGCUUAAGGGACCUUACCCACAGGGUGCUGAGGACUUAGGGGCUCAAAACAAUGGUUUCAUACCGUCAAGGAAAUAUGUGCCCCCUGAAGGACCAAGUAGAAACCAAAUUGGAUCCGUGCCAGGUAGUCCGGCCAGACGGCAUGUGAUGUCCAGGGGAAGUGUGCAAGGUACAUCGGGGAGGGGAUCUGCACAGGGAUACCAGCUCCCACCUACACCUCCCAGUGGUGGGCGUGGAAGUAGAGGUCGCAGGAAUAGUGCAGGAGGCAGGUACGUAUGAAUGUUAUUCCGCCUGGUGGAGAAUUUGCAAAAAGAAAAUCGCUUGUGUAUAUAGUGAAUAUGACCGACUAAUCCCUCCUUCUUUUUCCCUCCCUUUUCCUCCCGUUUGACGCCUGCCACGCUGGCUAAACAAGAAAAGAUCUGCCUGCGUUGCAGCCAGACCUGUCACUAGCCCGAGACCUAGGGCGCUUUCCAUUCAACAAAAAGUCCGGUUUGAAAUUUCGGAAAUUCCACGCGCCCAAUGGAAGGUAUAUUCGGUUGCACAGACCCGACCCAGGCCACCGCGCGUUUGGUUAUAUGUUCUUGUAAGCAGGUUACAAAAGAGCGGUACUGGGGACAACAAUUUUGUCAAAUGGAAAGGAACAUUUCGGUCCGACCGACCAAAAUGACCAGACCGGUCAAAGUGGACCUGGUGGUUCCAAAUAUUCCGGUCGGAACAAACCGAAGUGGUCCGUUCCAUUUGACUACCAACCGAAAUUUCCGGAAUUUUAGGUUGAAUGGAAAGUGCCCCUAGAUAGAGAACUCGGGGAUUCAGACUGCCUGCGACGCAGGCUACAAAAGUGUUCAGAAAAAGCUUGGUUCUUUUUAGUACUUACACUAAAUAACAUAAUUUUAUUUGAAGCCAAUGACCCGUACGCUCCGAGCCUUUGUCCUUCGCAUAGGUUAACCAUGUAAACGUGAUAGGAAAUCACGUAGUCAUCUCGGUAUGGAACUCGCGCAGUGCUGGGCGCGAGUUUCCGCCUUCAAACACGCCCUCGCAGACGUUAUGGGGAGAACGAAUUUGCCCCUCCCCUCCCCUCUCCGCCCCUCAUCCCGUUUCCAUACAAAAGUCUCUGUAUUGUGAAAAUUUUGCGAAUUUGCUGAACCAUAUCUUUCCUAGUUUUACAUUUCACUAUUUCUAUAUAUCACUAUCAAUCUUGGCAACUUUACUGACUUUAAGAGGCUCUCUCCAAGAGUGUUGAUGUUUGUUCGCUGUAAAAAAGAAUAGACUAAUGGAAGACCUCUCUGCUAAGACAAACGUAAUCAGGCUAUCAAGACACAGGGCUUUAGUGUAAAACCGUGGACUGGUUUUUGUUGUUUUCAUUUGUUUACAGCGACGAAGUUCAGUUGUUAAGAUCCCAAGUACAGGAGAGUAAGUCUCUAUGCCAGGCAGCUGAAGUUGAGAGAGAUCGGCUGUUAGAACUAGUCUCGCUUCUACAGAAAAGGUAAGAUCUCCAUAGUAAAUCGUCUGGUGCGCUGGUGUUUGUAUAUUUGUUUGGGGCUGACAAUAAUGUUAACAGGCUGCCUGUUGGGGAAAAGGGCGAGAUAGCUACGCUUUAAUGGCCAGUUUUAGUUUCUGCUUGAGAGUGCAUGGGUUUUGUGUCGAAUUUCACACUGAGACUGUUAUGGGACGCGAUCACUCCUUUCGUUAGCUAUUGCGAAGUUGCAUGGGAAAACUGCGGCAAAGUUCGUCCCCUAAAACAGUGCCAUGGUGCAAUUCGAUAGAACACCGACACAGUCUCAAGCGCAGUCUCUGAAUAUACUCCUACCGCCGCUAUAUUGGAAUACGAGAAGACUCUGGGAAAGAGGUUGACCCAGUCAACUAAGCUGAACUUGAAGGAAUUAGUCAUUCACCAUUCCCGAAACUAUAAGAGAAAUGGAUACAAACUUUCGGCGCAACGUUUAACAAGCAUUAGUUAUGAUUGGUUAAUGGUUGCCUUGAAUACCAUCGACCAAUCAUAACUAACGCUUGUCCACCCAAAUGAUCCCAAAAAUCGUUGCGCCUAAAGCUUGUACCCAUUCCUCUUAUAGUUUGUGAAGUGGGGAACUCUUCAGGUUUUGACCAGUUAUCACCAUUGAUCUGCAAAGAGGAAAAAAAAAAGCGGCAAGAGAACUUUAGAUUGUAGGACGACUACGAGUACGAGAUUUUCUUGAUACUUAGUACUGCUCUCACGCGUCAACCAGCUUUAUUAGGGACUUUAAGAUCCAACGACGCGGACGGCAACGAGAACGUCAUAAAAACAAUAGGUUUAAUAAGCAAAACAACAACUUUGCACGUGCAUCACACUUUUUUGUAUAUUUCUUUCCCGUUUUUGCACGACUUCGACGUGAAAAUGCCUAAUUUCGCGUUUUACGGAGAACGUAAAAAAGCAUCGACGAAAUUUGAAUUCUGUUUCUGAGCCUAAAUAUGGUCCCUUGAAAUUCAACUUUAGGAGGGUUCGCCUACAAUUGACAAAGUAAGUGGGUAGGAAUAAUCGCUAUAAAUACUGAAAGAACGAAAAUUCACUUUUAAAGCGACGUUCUUGUUGCCGUCGCGUCGUUGGACCGUAAAGUCCCUAUUUUGGCUGGAAAACGUGAUAGCCGUCGUCAGAGAGGGCUUAACUUCCUUCAGUAUAAAUAACCGUAUUAACUUUUUCGAUGAAAAAAAAGUAAAAUGAAGCUUUCUGGGGUGUCUUUUUUUUUUUAAACGAUCUAAAGAAUGCGAGGUCGUGGGCUCGCUCCACGGGAGCAGGCCAAUUUUCACGGUCUUAAAAUGACUAGGGAAGAAGAUUCCACCUUUACCCACGUAAGAUUUCACCUUCUAACGUGUUUUCCGUACGAUGUUAUUCCGUAGAGUUGAUGAGGCUAAAAACAUAGAGUUGGAAGCAAGCAACAAGUGGCAGCAAGAAAGACGUCAAGUGGCUCACUUGGAGAAACAGCUGAGUAGAGUGCAGUCAGGACAGGGCGUGGUCAAGGGGAAGGGGAAGGGGUACGGAACAGGAGGUACAGUGCAAGACCGACAAGCAAAGAUGGAAGACUUGGAAGAGCUGUCAACCAGGUAAACAAAAGUGAAACCUGUGAUAACUUCUAUUCAGUACUUGCAAGUCUGGUUUUUUCGGUCACGCGAGCUUUUUAAAGCAGGAAUUGGGUGCAGUGAAGUGGCACCAACACGAGAGAAAAACUCGACACCGUCGGCACUUUUUCCAUUUCUAUCGUCUAGUAGUCGUCCGUCUCUUUGCGCUAGAGAAUAUGCCAUUACUAAAUUCUGUUCUUUUUUGUCACAAGUUAUCUUUGGUUUUUAAAAGCAGUGUUACGAGAAACAGAUUCAAGUGUCUCCUUCACUGAGGGAUAGUUCUUCGUUUUCACCGAAAUAUCUUUAUCAUUGACUACGUAGCAAGCGAAAGUUAGAGCGUGAGCACAAAAAAAAAAAGGAAGAACAGGGGGCGAACCUAAUCAUAACGUUUUUUCCCCUCCCCCUUUAUCCCUCUUUAUUUGCUCUCGUCCUAACUUUCUCAACGAACCCGAACCCGCUCGGAAACCCUUGCUACUCAGGCUAUCAUUAUCAGAGACUUAAUAAUACUUAAUAAGACUUGAUAAUAAAAGUAUCUUAAUAAGAUCUGUUAAUGCAGGUCUGUCCUUCUCAUAUCAUCGAUAGAACUGUACCCUAUCCGUAUGUGUGUAUUCUGCCCACAGGCGGGUCCUUCCUUAUAGUUCUCGAUCUAAGGCGCGCCUCUUGACCGCUAUGUCAGGGCUGCCAUCCUUUACUCUAUCCAGCAUUCCCACUCGAGGUCUUCCAGGUGGUCUCUCUCCUAUUAUUCUUCCCUCAAUUACUAAUGGGACAAGAUCGCCAUGCCGUAGGGUAUGACCAAGCCAGACUCUCUGUCUUCUGUUGAUAACAGAUAUGAUGGCCCUCUCCUCACCGUCAGGCCUCAAUACUUCUUCGUUACAGACUUUGUCAGACCAAGUCAUGUUCAAGACCUUUCUUCAAACCCACAUCUCACAGCUCUCCAGCCUUCGCACAUCAAAUAUAUAAUGCAGUCACAGAGACUAACCUCUUUUCAUUUUCUUCAUGAAUGAAUAAUACGUUUUCUAAUAUCUUCACCAGACUCGCCAUUCAAACAGACGAAAACGACGCACUAAAGGAAGCUCUUAACUCCACUUUGAAAGCGAAGGAAGAGGACUUGAAAUUUUACCAGGAGAUGAUGGAUCAAACUAAAAAGAUUUUUCUUCAAGGCCUCAGACAGUUUAGACAGAACUCAGCACCCAGCUAG